GUGUUUGGAGGGCAAAUUAAUCACUUUGGCCAUGUUCCACUCAGCAGACUUUGAUCAGGGACACACUCUCUCUUGCACAACAUUCAACGGCCCUUGCCAUUCAAAGAACAGUAAAAUCUGCCGAGAACUGAUAGAAUGCUGGGGAGUUGUGAGGAAAGGAAAACAAGAAGAAAGACAAGAUGCUCCUAAAGGUACUGUGUUAGAAAGGUUUAAGAAGGACCGGAAUAUGCUCAGUAUGGUAGGGAUUGCGAAUGCUAGCGAGUAAAUGUGAUCAUCUUUGGCCUGCACAUUUGGAUGUGGCUUCAACAUUCGGAUCAGUGCUUACGGUUAGAAGUCCUGUUCAAUAUCUGUCUAGUUUAAGGAAAAUUGUUUUUAUCUUGAGUCCCUGAUUCCUCAAUCAAACAGAAUUUUAUUU